GUAAGCUUGCGUUUGCAAGAUACUGUAAUAGAUUUUCGAACAAACUGUGGCGCGAAGGUGGAGAAAGGGCUGGCCACACCGCAGGCCUGCUGCAGUUGGUGGUGCGAUAGUAAUAUGUCAUAAAUGCCGGCACUUAUUUUAUUCGGCCGGCGCUGGCAUAUUGCGGCUGAUGACCUGCCGAUUCCCAGCCUUGCUGGUGCGGUCUGGCACCUCGGUUGGGAGGUCCCUAUCGCCGUAGCGCUGGCGUAUGUUGUGUACCAAUGGGACCCGGAAACGUGCCCGCAGCGCAAUAAGCACAUUGGUUUUCUUGCCUGCCAGGUGUUCUGCUUCUUUACCAAUGGCCUGCUUCACACGUGGUGCUUCUUCGAGAGCAAGCGCGGCUCCAUAUUUCAGACGCACCGCCGCCGCCGCGUGGGACCCCUGGUCAUGUCGGUGCUCGUCUUCUACCUGCUCACCAUCGGCAACACCACCUUCGGAACCGUCAUCACCACGCAGCUGCUCUUCGAGGACCCCUGCGUGCCACUGCCGGGCGCCCUCACGCUCAGCUACCCCGACCUGCUUCGCGCCAUCAUCAUCAUUACCUGGAUCGCCAUGAUGGUGGGCUUCAUCGCGCUCGUGAUAACCUACAACCUUUUCCCUGCCUACUCGGCCGCUAGCACCUGGGAAGCACGCUGCAACAUCUUCCGCUACAUGUUCUAUUGCUGCCUGGUGCCGGCGGAGCGGCUAUGCGGCUUCCGCCGCCGUGACGAGUCGGCGGCGGCGCAGCAGAUAGAGCUAGAGGACCGGCGGCGCUCGCAGGCGCAGAACCUCAGCCCCGCCAUUGUGAUCGCCCAGAUCUUCAUGGAGGUCUUUGGCACGGUGGACAUGGUGCUGUCGGACCACAUGGCAGCCUUCGCGCUAGUGGGUGCCCGCCACCGCGCCGCCAAGCCCGCCCAGCUGUACGCCAACGAGCCGCCGCCGGCCUGGAUCCAGCCGGACCAACAGGGGCAGGCGGCGGGUGGCGGCGGCGGCGGGAAUGGCAAGGCCGGCGGCGACGGGGCGGCGGCGACGGCGGUGAUGGUGCGGCCGCCAGUGGUGGUGGAGCUGGCGGUCGGGGACCGCCGCGGCGGGGUCGGGGCAGCGGCGUCGGGCGAGGACACUGGCAAGGUCCCUGCUGCAGGCAUUCAGGCAGCGACAUCGCCAAAUGCAACGGCUACAACAACAGGCGUCAGUGACACAACAACCUCCACCACUACCUCGCAAACCGCGAACUGCACCACCGCUACCUCCGCAACCAUUACCUCGCAAACCGGCAACGCAGACCGCGACCUGCUGCACCUGCACCUCCCCAGCCUGCCGGACGCCGGCGCCAUCGGUGACGCCGUGUCUGGUGCCGUACACCAGGCUGCGGCAGGCGCGGCGCACGCGGGGGCGGCGGGGCAGGAGCUGGGGCACAAGGUGCAGGCCACGGUUAGUGCCGCCACGGCGGCUGUGUUCGGGCACCCGGUGCUGCCCAACGGCCAGCUGCCGCGGCUGGUGGACCCCGCCUGCGAGUGGAGCGGCACACCGGAGCCCAGCAAUGUAUCGGACGAGGUGAUGGAGGAGGCGCUGUACUACAUGCGCUUCGCCACGGCCGUGUACGGCUGGAAGAUGUUCCUGUGGCUCAACCGCACAAACGUCCAGCGCUGGUGCAACCUGUGUGUGGGCCGCGGCUGCGGCUGCUGCCGCCAGUCAGCCUACUUCGUGGAGGCGGUGGGGCCGGACGUGGGGCCAAGCGAGGGCUGCUGCUCCGCCGUGAAGCUGAUGGAGCGUGAGGCCAUCACGCAGCUGACGGGGGCCGCGGAUGAGGACAUCCUGUACGUGUGCUACGACAACAAGGUGGAGGGCAUCCUGCCGCACUACAUCGCCGUGGACCGCCCGCGCCGCAGCAUCGUGCUGGCGGUGCGCGGCAGCCUCAGCCUGCGCGACGUGGUCACCGACCUGCUGUGCGCGCCCGCGCCCAUGGACAUCCCGGGCGUGGACGGCAGGGACGAGAAGGGCCGCAACACGCUGUGGGCGCACCGCGGGAUCCUGCUCAGCACGCUGGCCAUCCUGAAGGACGUGCGCGAGCAGGGCGUGCUGCAGGCGGCGGUGGCGGACUGGCCGCUGGGCGAGCGGGAGCAGGCGGCGGCGCUGGCGGCGCUGCCGUCGGAGCGCGCGCGUGUGGUGGCGCGGCGGCUGAGCGGCCAGUGCUCCGGCUGGCGCGUCGUGAUCACCGGCCACAGCCUGGGCGGCGGUGUGACGGGCCUACUGGGUCCCUACCUGCGCGCCCAGUUCCCCUCGCUGCGCUGCUGGGCCUUCGCGCCGCCGGGCGGCCUCAUGAGCCCAGAGGCCGCGGCGCUGACUCGCGAGUACUGCAUCGGGCUGGUGCACGCCAAGGACAUGAUCCCGCGCCUGUCCGUGUCGGCCAUGGAGCAGCUGGUGCAGGAGCUGGUGACUGCGGGCGCGCACAGCCGCCACAGCAAGCUGGACAUCGUGCUUGACGUCAUGUUCGCGGGGCGGCGGCCCAGCCAGGCGCAGCUGUUCCGGCCCUUCGACGACCUCACGCGCGAGCAGCACGGCGUGCUCCAGCAGUACGACAAGAACAUCAUGGAGUGCCAGACGAAGUCGCAGUUUGGCGCCGCCCGCAACUUCGUGCCGUGCGGCCACCUGCUGUACCUGGAGCGGCGCAAGCCGGCGGCGCUGGAGCCGGCGUGCGGCGUGUGCUGCAGCUGCAACCUGUGCCUGCUGGACACGCACUACAAGGACUACAAGUACGCAUGCAGAUGGAUCCGGCCGGACCAGCUUCUGCGCGUGGGUCUGGUCGUGUCCCGCUCCAUGUUCCUAGACCACCUCCCCGACAACACACUCAAGGCCAUGACGCUGGGCUACGAGCAGCUGUGUGCCGCCCGCGGCAAGGCGCCCGCCCGCCCGCACAAGCCCGGCCCGCCGCAGCCCAACGGCGCCAUGCUGCGGCUCGCCUCGCAGCACAACCAGGAGCGGCUGCGGCAGCUCACGUCCGGCUGCUCCGCCGCCUCUGCCGCGGCGCCGCCACUCACACCUAAGUCGCCUCUGGGGCCCGGAGGGCCCCCGGCAGCGCCCCUGGGGUCCGCAGGGCCGGGGCAAGGCGGGCCAGCGGCCGCCGCCGCGGCGGGCAGUGUUGGCUCUGGCGGCAGCGGCACGCCCAUUGUGCUGGAGGUGUCUGCGGGCGUGCAGCCGGGAGCGGCGGGCAAGGGCGUCGGGGAGGGAGCAGAUGGUGAGGCGGCUGCUUCGGCGCAGGAGGCGGGGGCAGCGGAGGCGGAUGCGCGGCAUGUCGUGUUGAAUGUGGCGCAGCCCCCGGCACAGGCGGCGGCUGUAGCGGCGCAGGAGGCGGCCGUGGGCGCAGGUGGCCGGGCGCUGGAGCGGGGCGGCGAGGCGGUUUAGCUAGGCCUGGUGAUUGGACCUGUGGCUUGACGGGCGAUACGGAUAGGAUAUGACAACACUCGUGAUCGGCGCUAUGGGAAGGCACCUGUGAACCGUUCGAAUGGAGGUGAUUGACUGAAUGGCAUGCCUAGCGCGCACGCGGCAUGCACAACGGCGACGCGGUGUUCGCGCAUACCGGUAAGUAAUGCAUGACGACAACGUUAACAGGAGUAACACGUGAGCACGUGGGCAGAGUUGCUAGGAUACUGUACCAGGAAAGGUGCGUGUUUGCACAACGAGUGGGGAGGUGCAGGAGGCGGCGGGUAAAGCGGGCGACGGGUGCGUGCCAACUGCUGCAUGCCCGCUCGCAUUGGGCAAAUUCAUGUCUAACAUUCAGCACCGCAAAGUUCUUUUGCCACUGAUGUAUUAAGUUGUAUGUGCAGCCGUUGCUUAAGUGAGUUCAAGCUCAACAUAAAAUGCGGACACUCCGCGAAACAUGUGUGUGCAACGCGCAACGCGGCAUCUUCUUGGCUUUGCUGGUGUCGGUGAUUGCUAAUGCAAAGCUGCUUGAGGAACAGGUACAGGUAAGCCCUCGUCAUGAAGCGAAGUGCCUGAUAUGAGCUUGAUCAA